UUUAACGCAUGUGAUUGGUGUAUGACGACACCGGAAGUUAUUGUUUCUCUCCUAUGUUCAUGUGCAUACUUUAGAUCCUUCAUCUCUACUAUGGAGCAGAAUAAUGAUGGGAGCUUGGCUCUGGUUCGCCAUGUUGUGCUGGUUCUGUCGGGAAAGGGUGGUGUUGGAAAGAGCACCAUUACCACAGAGCUGGCCUUGGCGCUGAGGCAUGUCGGCAAGAAGGUUGGGAUUCUUGAUGUGGACCUUUGUGGGCCCAGUAUCCCACGUAUGCUCAGCGUUGGACGACCAGAAGUGCACCAGUGUGAUUCAGGAUGGGUACCAGUCUACACGGACGCUCAGAAGAGUUUGGCACUGAUGUCCAUUGGUUUCCUGAUGGAAGAUCCGGAUGAAGCUGUGGUGUGGAGGGGCCCUAAGAAAACAGCUUUAAUUGGCCAGUUUGUGUCAGAUGUAGCAUGGGGGGAGCUGGAUGUCCUGCUGGUGGACACGCCGCCGGGGACAUCGGAUGAGCAUUUGGCUGUACUGGAAAGCCUAAAAAAACAUAAAGUGGAUGGAGCUGUAUUGGUCACCACACCUCAGGCAGUAUCCACAGGCGAUGUGCGGAGAGAGAUCACCUUCUGUAAGAAGACCGGUGUUCGGAUCCUGGGAAUUGUAGAGAACAUGAGUGGCUUUGUUUGUCCACAUUGUUCUGAAUGCAGCAACAUUUUCUCAAAGGGUGGAGGUGAAGAGUUGGCCAAACUAACCGGAUCAGUUUUUCUAGGUUCUGUUCCUUUGGAUCCUCUUCUCAGUGCCAGCUUAGAGGAAGGCAAAGACUUUACCACAUCCUUUCCAGACAGCGCCACAUUCGGUGCGAUCAGCAGCAUAUCUCAGUCUUUGCUCAAGAGCCUUGAAUCUGACUAAUUUUUUCCCCCCAGAACACAGAUAUUAGUAAUUUUGUACAAGUGAAGACAUUACAUUUUGUAAAGUUCAAAUAAACAUUGAUUAAAGUAUUUUUAAUCAUUUCU